AUGUUGAAUGCAGAACAGCAGCAUGCAUAUUGUAGAAUUAUACAAGUUGUGCAAUUAGACAAACCAGCAUAUUUUUUUAUAGAUGGACCCGGUGGCUGUGGGAAAACAUUUCUUUACCAUGCACUAUUAGCUACGAUCAGAACACAACAAAAAAUUGCUCUCGCAACAGCAACUUCUGGCGUUGCAGCCUCCAUUUUGCCAAAUGGUCGCACCCCCCAUUCUCGAUUCAAAAUUCCCAUAGAUAUUGAUGGUACAAACUGUUGUAAUGUUAGCAAACAAAGCGGUCUUGGAAAACUUCUAAAAGCUACUUCGCUUAUAAUAUGUGAUGAAUCAUCUAUGGCAAGACGAGAGGCCAUUGAGGCUGUUGAUGGACUUCUAAGAGACAUAAUAGAUUCAAAUCUUCUCUUUGGCGGCAAAGUUAUGGUUUUUGGCAGUGAUUUUUGGCCAGUUUUACCUGUUGUUCCCAGAGCUACAAGAAGCGAAUGCAUAAAUGCAAGCCUUGUCAAAUCGAAAAUUUGGCAUUCGUUACAAAAGAUCAUGCUUCAAGAGAGCAUGCGAGCUAGACAUGAUCCAAUCUUCAGUUCUUUCUUGCUUCGCAUUGGAAAUGGAUCAAAAGCUCAAAAUUCUGAUGGCAAAAUCACAUUUCUGUUAUCUGUGAUUCUUCCUUCUAUUCAAACUGUGGAUCCUCCUGAACAACUAAUUGACUUUGUUUUUCCACAUCUUCACAAGUAUUCAAUUGAUGCCCUAUCAAUGAUGGAUUGUGCCAUACUAAGUCCCAAAAACGAAACUAUCGAUGACAUUAAUAAAUUACUGAUCAAGAGAUUUCCUGGAAAUAUGGAAGAAUACUUGGGCAUUGAUGAAACCGAUGAUACAAGCCAACAAAGUCGAUACGAAAACUUCUUGAAUUUUCUUUUCCCUGCUGGUUUGCCACCUCAUAGACUGUUGCUAAAGAAAAAUUGCCCAAUUCUUUUACUUCGAAACAUAGAUCCUUCCGAGGGCUUAUGCAAUGGAACAAGAUUAAUUUGCAGUCACUUUGACAUGCAUGUGAUCGUUGCUGAAAUAGCGGUUGGUACUUGUAAGGGUAAGAUUGUGUUCUUGCCUCACAUACCUUUGCAACCUUCAGAUGACAAGAUGUACCCUGUUCAAUUUACAAGGCGCCAAUUUCCAAUUAGAUUGUGUUUUGCAGUGACUAUUAACAAAGCCCAAGGUCAAACUUUAGACGUUGUGGACUUGGUAACAAAUGGAAGAGGCCUUCCACGCCCAAUUCUUCCAAACGGAGCCAGAAGUUUCUAUGGCAGACCUGACAAGAUUGAGUCAGAGAAUGGCUUAGAAUUUAGGCUGCGAAAGAAGUUUGAUUCAACUGAGUUUCGAGACUUGGUAGAAUUGACCUAUAAGGUGUCCAGGUAUGAGUCAUUACUCGAAGAAGAGCAAGAUCGAAGUAAUACAUUAUAUAAGACAUAUUAUAGAGAUCCUAACUAUGAGAUUGAUGCAGCAGAAAUCAUAGGAAAGGAGCCUAUCCCAGAGAAGGAAGAUCCAACGGAGGUAUACUCAAUACCAGAAGGAUCUGAAGGAGAGCGGGGAAAGUUCUUUAAUGGCUCAGUCAAGGAGCCAGAUAGAAGGAAAAAAAGGUCUAAAAUUGGACCAUAA